AGUGGGUUCAUAAGAUCUGUGUUGUUUGGCUCCAUUUUCGCUUUCAUCUUCUUCAUCAUUUUGUAUUUGCAGAAAGCUGUUGUAGGAGAAGAGAGAGAAACUUCUCUCUCUUUCUCUUUGCUUCUUCAUUUUUUUGACAAAAAAAAACAAAAAUUGGUGGGAUUUGAGGGUGCUUAGGUUGUUGAUUGAGUUGCGUUGUUGGGGUUGGAAGAAUCUAUUAUUAUGAAUAUGAUGCGAAGGUUGAAAAGCAUUGCUUCUGGGAGGACUUCCGUUUCAUCAGAUUCUGGAGGUGAUUGUACCACAAAAAGACCUAAGUUUGAUCAAGGAACAGAAGAAAUGGUCAAUGAGGAAACAGAUUCUAUUGAGAAAUGUGGAAAUGAUAACGAGCAGUAUGGAGAUGCAUCGGCCGAAAGUGUUAAUUCCAAUAUUGCUACAACCAGAUCUGAGAAGUCGGGUUAUGAUCAACUUCCAAAGGAAUUAAAUGAAAUGAAAAUUGGAGACGACAAAGGAAAAAAUAACAAUGAAAAGGAUAUGGAAGCUACUAUUGUAAAUGGUAAUGGAACAGAAACAGGCCAAAUAAUUACAACUGUUAUCGGUGGUCGAGAUGGACAACCAAAGCGGACAAUCUCAUACAUGGCAGAACGCAUAGUUGGCACAGGUUCUUUUGGUGUUGUUUAUCAGGCCAAGUGCAUUGAAACUGGUGAAGCAGUUGCUAUAAAAAAAGUAUUGCAAGACAAGAGAUAUAAGAAUAGGGAACUACAGGUUAUGCGUAUACUUGACCAUAUCAAUGUUCUCAGACUAAAGCACUGUUUCUACUCAGCGGCAGAGAAAGAUGAGUUGUACCUUAACCUAGUUUUGGAGUAUGUGCCUGAAACGGUCUACAGAGUUUCCAAGCACUAUAUCAGAAUGCACCAACAUAUGCCUAUCAUUUAUGUGCAACUGUAUUUGUACCAGAUAUGUCGGGGUUUAAAUUAUUUGCAUCACGUGAUUGGAGUCUGUCAUAGGGACAUCAAACCCCAGAAUCUAUUGGUUAAUCCCCAGAGUCAUCAGUUAAAGAUAUGUGAUUUUGGUAGUGCAAAGAUGUUGGUGCCUGGUGAACCCAACAUAUCAUACAUAUGCUCGCGGUAUUACAGAGCUCCAGAGCUUAUAUUUGGUGCAACAGAAUACACAACUGCUAUUGAUAUUUGGUCUGCUGGUUGUGUUAUGGCUGAGCUUCUUCUAGGACAUCCAAUGUUUCCUGGAGAGAGUGGGGUUGAUCAGUUGGUUGAGAUCAUUAAGAUCUUGGGAACACCAACCAGAGAAGAAAUAAAGUGCAUGAAUCCAAAUUACACUGAAUUUAAGUUUCCUCAGAUAAAAGCUCACCCGUGGCACAAGGUUUUCCACAAGAAGAUGCCAACAGAAGCAGUGGAUCUAGUGUCGAGGAUGCUUCAGUAUUCACCAAAUCUACGUUGCACUGCUUUGGAGGCUUGUGCACACCCUUUCUUUGAUGAUCUGCGAGACCCAAAUGCAUGCUUGCCAAAUGGUCGACCACUGCCUCCGUUGUUUGAUUUCAGUGCACAAGAACUAGUAGGCACAACGGAGGAGUUGCGUCAGCGUCUGAUUCCUGAUCAUGCAAGAAGUUGAACAAAUGAUUCAGCAUUGUAAAUGGGAUUUUGGAUGAAUAGAUAACCACACCAGCAAUGCUACUUUCCCUAACAGUCUAGGUCUCUGCUGUCCAUCCUACACAAUCAUAUGACUAUUCAGGUUAUAGGAACCUUAAAGCCAUAUAUACAAUGCAACCUCUUGGUGACAAUCUGAUGAAUGAAGUAGAUCUGCCUGGUGAUAUAGGGUUGCAAUCAUUUUUUAACUAGUUUAUGAUUGAUUCAUGUAUGCACCAGCUGUAUAAGAUAAUCAGUUCUUACUAUUCUUUGCUCAUGUUUCAUAUAGUUCAGGCUGCUUCUUCUUAAGGUGGACUAUGUGGAAUUAUAAGAUGAGUAGGCAUCUUUUUUCUUUUUUUUCGGCUCCUAUUUAUUGUGUAUUUCAUUCUUUGUAAUAACAUAAAAAAAAAAUCUUCCUUUUAUUCUCUA